CGCUCACCAAAGCAGUUACAUUUCAAAUUCAAACGGACGGAAACAGCGGAUCAAAAGGGAGACUGAGUGAAGAUACGGAUUUGUUUUCAGCUGAGUAUGUCAAGACUGCCAGUCAUGUCGUCGAAGAGAGUUCUCACCAGCAGCAGCUCUGAGAAUGCCCUGGACAUGGCUCCUCUUCAGAAGAGAAUGCGUAAAGACCAGGAGCCCCACAAACCUCAGGCAKCUGCAACCAUCAUAGGUGACAAGCGGCCCGCUGCUGCUGCAGCAGCCAGAGCUCCACYCUACAGACCACUCAGAGGUGCAGGAGCUGCCACAGUGGCUGCUGGCCCUUCCAGAGGGUUCGUGAGGCCGGUUGCAGCUUCCACUGCUCCCAAAGCCGCCAGCGUUAAACUACCUGCUGGAGCAAAACCUGGUGUGACUGGAGCCACCCGCCGCAAGCCAUGGGACCUGAAAGGGAAAGUCAAUGACAUGAAGGGUAAGAUCCGCAACUACCAGACCAAGUACAGGUCUGUAAACGAGGAGAACGAGGCGCUGAAGGACUCCGUGGCUCAAAGUCAAACCAAAGUGUCUGAGCUGGAGCAGGAAGUCGAGGGACAGAAGAGAAAAAUCRGUGAGUAUGAGGCGGAGCUGCAGAUGUUGUCUGGAGUUCWGAAUCAGCUUGAAGAAACUCAGAGAGAGAAGAACWUCCUCCAGAAGGAGCUCUCCAAUUUGGAGCAGAAAUACAAGGUCAUGGAGACGSUGCGGGACAGCCAGGAGACGGAGCUGCAGACUCUGAAGGUAAAGCUGAUCCUGCUCCGACCUGCUGGUUCUGGAUCGGUUCAAACGCCUGAAGAAUACGUUACUAUAACAACCACUCCUAGUUUAAAGGGUCAAAUGUUUAGAGAAYUGARAAGAUAUGAUUUUUGUUUAUGA